AUGAGCAUCCGAUUGUUGUUCCUGGGAGGGGUGUGGCCACUCAACGACUCGUGGCUCUUCCGAGCAUAUGGCGCCAUCAUCUUCUCAAUGGGCUUGGCGACCUGUGUGGACGGUGCUCUGGCGGUGUAUUUCAUCUGGCGGCAGAUGGAGGAGACGACACUCGUCUUGUCCAAUACGUUCACGAUCGGCAGCGGUGUCAUGAAGAUGGGCCUCUUCGUGCGAGACCGAAAGCUCUACAGCGCCCUGGUGCGCCGGCUGGACGCGCUGGUGUCCUCGCAGGACGAGUACAGCGGUAAGGACCCACAGCUGGAAAAAGUCCUCGAGGACUCGAAGAGAUACGCGGUGCGCUUCCCGCUCUCCGGCUUCCUCUUCAUGCUGGUGCAGGCGUGCCUCUGGCUGCCGAUGCCCGCCAUAGCCUACCCCGGCCAACACCGCCUGCCAUUCGUCCAGCACGAUUGGUCGGGCAAUGGUAGCUACCGCUUCUACGAAAUGUCCUACGCUCUCCAGUGCUGCUCGGCCUUCUGGCUGGGGAAGAUCAGCAUUGUUCUCGACUGCCAGUUCGUGGCCGUAAUGGUGCUAGUCACCGCACAGCUCAAGAUUCUCGCGGUACGCAUGGAGAAUCUGAGAACUGAGGCGAAAUCAAUAACAGAGUAUCGUAUCUGUAAUGACAAGUCACCGGAGGUCGAAUAUGACUGUAAAAUGUACAAAGAUUUGCGCCGGUGCAUAGAAAGUCAUCAAGAAAUCCUCAGGUUUGUCAGCUGCCUGCAACAAGUAAUGAGCCCACUCGCGAUGACGCAGUUCAUUUGCAGCGUAAUUGUCAUCUGCGUGGUUCUCUUUCAAGCGACAUAUAGCCAAGACUUCGCGACAGUUCUGAAGUGUGUGGCCUUCCUUCCAGUGCCGUGUGGACAGGUCUUCAUUUACUGCUGGGCAGCUGACAACAUGACUGAGCAGGCUAAAGCAGUAUCUAACGCGGCGUACCACUGUUCGUGGGUGGACGCGGGCUCCCGCUUCAAACGCACCCUGCUGCUGGUCAUCGGCCGCGCUCAGAGGCGACUGGUGCUCACUGCCGGCCACCUCUACACCAUCGACAGGGCUGCCUUUCUUUCGGUUGGUGUGAGAGUUAUUUCUCAUUUAUGUUACGUAUAG